GUUGUGUGAGUGAACCAUCUCGCCUGGGUAGUGAAGACACACAGCUCUCCCAGCUUCUUCCAGAAGUUUCCUCGCCCGGUUUGCAGCUCGGCGGCCACGCACGGACACUCCUGUGUGGACACGUUGUUUCAUGUUGUGUCGUUUAAUUUAAGUAACAUUUGUCUCCUCGUCUCAGUGCAGAGCAGAAAAUUGUCUACGGACCGUGUUAAGUCAAAGAGAAGCUAACCUUGGCUGUUAGCUAACCAGAGCUAGUGUCCGCAGCAGUGACAUCUGCAGCGGAACCCGUUAACCUGACCGACACACGGGACAUGCUGGAUGUGUUGUUGGCUUUGAACAGAAACUGAAGCGUCUCUGCUGACAAUGUUUUUAUGAAGUGGAGGAAGAACUGACCGGUUAUUGUAAUGGGUAAAGAUUACUACAAAGUGCUGGGAAUAGCCAAAGGUGCCUCCGAAGAUGAGAUAAAAAAGGCGUACAGAAAACAGGCCCUGCGCUAUCAUCCGGACAAAAACAAGUCUGCCGGAGCAGAAGAUAAAUUCAAGGAGAUUGCUGAAGCCUAUGAUGUCCUCAGUGAUGCCAAGAAAAAGGACAUUUAUGAUCGAUAUGGAGAAGAAGGAUUAAAGGGUUCAGCAGGCGGUGGAGGUGGAGGACACAGCGGUCCAAGCUACAACUACACCUUCCAUGGAGACCCUCAUGCAAUGUUCGCCGAGUUCUUCGGUGGCCGCAGCCCGUUCGAUCACUUCUUCUCACAGAACGGGGAGGACAGUAUGGACAUCAAUGACCCCUUUGGCAUGCCAUUUGGUAUGGGAGGAAUGGGUGGCAUGAGUGGGUUUCACAGGUCCUUUAAAUCCCACCCAGGAGGCGCUCACAGGGCACACGAGAAAAAGAAGGACCCACCCGUGAUGCACGAGCUGAAGGUGAGCCUCGAGGAGGUCUUCUCCGGCUGCACCAAAAAGAUGAAGAUUUCCCGCAAAAGACUGAAUCCAGACGGCUGCACCAUGCGCAGCGAGGACAAGAUCCUAACAGUUGACAUCAAACGUGGCUGGAAAGAGGGGACGAAAAUCACCUUUCCCAAGGAGGGAGAUGAAACUCCUACCAACAUUCCUGCAGAUGUGGUGUUUGUGGUCAAAGACAAACCCCACCCGGUGUUCAGAAGAGAGGGCUCAGAUAUAAUUUACCCUGCAAAAAUAUCACUCAGAGACGCAUUGUGUGGAUGCACAGUCAACGCCCCCACACUGGAUGGCCGGACCAUCACUGUGACCUCCAGAGACGUUGUCAAGCCUGGAAUGAAAAAGCGCAUUUCUGGAGAAGGGCUGCCGCUGUCCAAGUGCCCCGAGAAGAGGGGCGACAUGAUCUUGGACUUCUCUGUUAAAUUCCCCGACAAACUGGGCCAAAACACCCGCGAUGCACUCAGGCAGAUUCUUCCACCGUGACUUGAAAGGACUAAAGUUUGCUAAAAAUCUAACAUAUCUGCAUUUCCAAUGGCACUCUCCUGUGCACCGUUACAUUUUCAGCCCCGGAUGAUUGAGGCUCAGGGCAGAUUUGCUUCCAGCUGUGUGUAAUUUUACUAUCUGAGCACCAAAUCCAUAUCUUUAAACAGUAUCACGUCAGUUUAAUGGAGUGUCUUAAGACGAGGAAACUGACACAACAGCUGACUUUAACGCUUCUUGUCUGCAUUCAGCUGAGGUUCAGUAACACUAUUCAGUAACAGACUGCUGUAUUGUCAGUUUAAAGGAGAAGUAAAUAGAAGAAACAUCUAUCUAUCUAUCUAUCUAUCUAUCUAUCUAUUCUAUCUAUCCUAUCUCUUUCUAUCUCUCUCUAUCUCUCUAGUCAUGUGAAAAAGAUAGGACACCCCAUGAAAACCUUUGGACAUUUGAUCUUCAUUUUAACAGUAUGGAGAGAUGGAGGUAAAAUAACUAAACAAAUAAAACUAAAGAAAUGUCUUUUUAAAAAUGAUUUGUAAAAUGUAAUUAAUAGAAAUGCAAUUUUCUUUUGAGGAAAAAGUGAGGACACCACCACAUUUAUUACUACCUAAAAUACCUAAAAUUUAGAAUCAAGUGCACCACAUCAGGUGCAAAUGAUUGUAAUUAUUUGAGAGGAUUUUGGAGGAGCCCGUCUUAUUUAAACCUCAGACAUUUAGCUUAGUCUGCUCUUAAUUGUUGAAGUGAGUGAUACCGCCAUGGUGAGAUCAAAAGAGCUCUCCGAGGCCUUCAGAAAGAAGGUUGUAGAUGUGGGAAGGGAUUUAAAAAGAUCUCCAAACAAUUAUUAAUCAGCUGUCACUGUCCAGAAAAUAAUGAACUAGUGGAGAACAUUUAAUACAGCUGCCAACAUGGCCAGGUCAGACUGUCCUAGCAAGUUCAGCUAGACUAAAGUUUGCCACUUAGACAAAGACCAGGACUUCUGGAACAAUGUACUUUGGAUAGAUGAAUCCAAUUUGAAUUAUUUGUACGUAGUAACAGAAGACAGCAUUUGAACACAUGAACCUCAUACCAACUGUGGAGCUUGUGGGUGGAAAUGUCAUGGUUUCUGGCUGCUUUGCCGCAGCAGGCCCGGCCAGCUCACCAUCAUAGAAUCCACUAUGAAUUCUUUAUAGUAUCAGAGGAUGCUUGAGGAAAAUGUGAGACCAUCUGUCCAAAAAUUGAAGCAGAUGUGAAUCAUGCAACAUGACAAUGACACAAAACAUUCCAGUAAAUCCACCAAGGAGAAAGAAAUCGAGAGUUCCUGAAUGGCCGAGUCAAAGCCCAGAUUUUAAUCCUAUUGAGAUGCUGCAGGGUGAUUUGAAACAGGCUGUGCCUGCAAGAAACCCCUCUAACAACAGAAAGAACUUUCUCCCAGUCGAUGUCAGAGACUGGGAGAACCGUUAUAGGAAAUGUCUAAUUGAGGUUAAUUCAGAAAAAGCCGGCAAUACCAGCUAUUAGGGUAUAGGGUGUCCUAACUUUUUCCUCAGCAGGAAUUGGCAUCUUUGUUCAUUUUUUUAUUAGUAAAUGAUAACAAAGUUAAAAUAUUACUGUUUUUGGUUCAAUUACAUCACUUUAUUUAUAGAUAUUGUUUUAAAGGAGAUCAAAUAUUUUCUUAAAAAAAGAACUAAAUAUUUCAUAGGGUGUCCUAAUUUUGUCACGACUGUAUAUACAGUAUAUAUAAAUCACACAAGGUGUCAAGUAGUAGUUCUUGGUUUGGCUGCAAGAACGAGAUGGUCAAAUCAUAGAAAGCAGAGGGUUUUUUUUUUAAGCAAAGCUCACUGAUUUGUACCACUUAAAAAAAAAAAAAACAAGUAAAAUAGGAAGUGAGGAUUUGGUUUCACAGCAGUUUUCGGGAGUGCUUCAAGGCAACACGCAGCCAGCUAAUUAACAAUACCUCAGGUGCAGUGAUGCAUGCUUGAACGUAGCUAAAACUACAUUACUCAACAGGACUGGUUUUUGGUUACUGUUACAUAAAACAUAGUCUGAAAUACUGCACGAAUCCCGAGAGGUCAGAACACUUCAAAUAGGUUUUUAAAUAGAUAUGCACCGAUCUGAUCCUCGGUAACGGGAGUAGUAGAUCAGUAUCGGCCAGAUGUGACCAAUUAGCGUUAAAUAUGUUUUCCUCGUCAGUGUCAAAAUAUAAUUCUGUGUCUCUGCUGUCAGUUACACUCAUAUAAUCACUGGAAAAUAUACUUAAAAUAAGCCUAAAAAUAAUGAUGGUGUGUGGACGUCUCCAGUUAUAAUUGAGAAGUGAUGACGUCACAGUUACGUAAUGACUAAUUCCAGCGAGUGACGUAGCGUUAUACAGACUUUAAAUAUAGGAAAGAUAGUGCACUGCUAUCACAUUGGUACUCUGUAUCAGCUGAUAUCUGAGUUCAGGUAUCUAAAUCAAUAGAAAAAGAUCAGAUUGGUGCGUCCCUGGUGUUAAAGGUGGCACAUACUACAUAAAUGUUUACUUUCACAGUAUCCUGUUUAUCCAGGAGUACACACCUUAUUACUUGUGUAAAAUGUCUGUGGGGAGACUUUUUUUGUGCCAAAUAAUUGUCCCUGUGUAAUUAUAAUGUGUGUGUGUGUGUGUGUUUGAAAGUAUGUUGAGAGCAUGUGUGUAUUUUGUCAUGUGUGACUAACAAUCUACCAAAAUCUUGAGCUAUUUACUUCAUUCGUGCCCUCUGAGUAAACACAGCGUGUGUGUGUGUUAUAUUUCAGUUCCUCCUCCUCUGUUCACUCUGUUUAUUUAAUGUAAAGCCAGUGAGUGUAUGUUUUUUAACCUGAGCCUGGUGUAUCAGUCUGUCUCCAGGUUAAAUAUUGCAGUUUUUUUUCGAUCUGAAGUUUCACUCCUGAGUUGUGUUUUUAAAAGGCCUUAUUUUGUUCUCCAUCAUGUCUUCUAUUUAGCAGCGCUUGCUUCAACAAAAUCUGGCAAAAUGUGAAAUGUGUCUUCACAGUUCGGUAGGAAUCUAAAACAAACUAUACAAAAGCCUGUGCACUUUUGACUGUAGUGAUGAAGGAAGUUAGUAAACCAGUUUGUUUGCACAUUCAAAGAUUUUUUUUUUUUAAUUUUUUUUUUUUUAGUAUUAAUGUGACUGUCAGAGGGAAAAAAAAGCACUUCAUGUCAGCCAUUACUUGCCUCAUCAUCCUGCUCCUGCUGGAGUUUUAAGUUUCUAUUUGACACAAACAUGUGGUUUAACAUGAACGUAGAGAUGUGUAAUCUCUGUAAUGUUUAACUUUUUUUUGUUUUUAAAAAGAAUAUUUUCUUUUUUUUUUCCUUUUUUAAGGGAAAAAUGUGUAAGCAUUAUUUUGUUUGACCUCCUGUUUAUGUUGUUUUGAAAUUCUUCAGGUUGGGAUUCAAGAUAUUUUGAUUUUUAACAACAAAGCUUUUAUGACUUGAUAAUGGGAUGAUAACUUUUAAUAGAUCUUUCCUAUGCUGUGAUGAUUUGGAUUUCCACAUUAAAGAGACUAGCAAACAAAACCGGGAAAUGUCUCAUCACUUGUGACCUGUGUGUUUUAAUU